AAAAGUAAUAGUAAUAGUAAUAGUAGUAGAAGAAGAAUCGAAGAAGUCGAAGUAAAGAGGUCUAAAAGAAGAAAAGGAAUAAAAAGAAGAAAAUGAUUAAAAAGAAGAAGGCGUAGUAAUAGUAACAAUAGUAGUAGAAAAAGUAAUAGAGGAAAGAAGAAGACUUUUUUAGGAAGUUCCGCCAUUAUUUUCCCUGCAAGAUUUCAGUAAGAUGGAAGCCCGGAACUGCUCUGUUGUCGGCUGCACAGCCCAACACCGGUCUCUGCACCGGCUGCCAGCCGCAGAGCACUUGAGAGUUCAGUGGAUAAAGUUUGUUUACAAUGAGGACAACCCAGCUACAGUCCGAAAGAAAGUGUACGUGUGCGCUAACCACUUUCUGUCUGACUGCUUUGUCAACCUGGGUGGGUACAACGCGGGGAUGGUAAGCAGACUGAUCCUGACAGGGGGGGCCGUGCCAACUAUCCGGAGCAGGACUGCGGGCGAAGGACUAGUAACUUAAGUGUCUGAACAUAUUGUGUGUUUCUAUGGCUGUGCGGCACCAAGCUAUUAUACACACACACACACACACACACACACACACAUAUAUAUAUAUAUCGCUGUUCGCUGUUAGCUGCAACUGUUAUUCAAACUAAUAACUAACAGCAGUCAAUGUCAGGCAACAUUAUCAUACUAGUUCUAGCACUUACUAUGUCUGUAGUGGUGACAGAACAUUAAAAUGUAUAUAUAGCAGUUUGAAUUCAACCACAAGCUAAUGUUACCUGCGCCAAACUCCCUUUAAGAAAAUGUCCCAAUUUUACACAGUUCCUAAUGUGUCCUGUAACAACAGUUAACUCUCAAGAAACACGAGCUAAAGGCCGUUAUUUGUCUUCUUCCAUAAAGAUAGUGUAGUAAGAUAAGUGUAUUCUGUCCAAUCUUUGCAUUUUAUUGCUUCGUUGUGUUCAGCCUCCAUUGUAGCUGUGCUCUUUCAGUGGGAGAACUGUGGGAAUGAGAGGCGGACCGUUUCAAAAAUAAGGAUUUCUCAUUAAAAUAAGUGCUGGUUGGUGGAUCAGAUACACGCCAAAUUGAACACAGACACACAACCCUGUUAAUGCUAUCUGAGAAUUUAAAAACAUCUGACUGUACCAACAGUGUAACGCUUGCACUGGAACAAUAACAAACCUGUCAAGGUACUAAAUAGUAAUGGAAAACUGCCUUCAAAUUAUUAUGCCAGAUUUAUUUGCUAUUACUGCACUUGUAGGUGUGUGUUUGGGAGGCUUGUGUUCUGUCCAAUAUCCUAAUAAUUAGAGUUAUAUCUGCACUUAUACACGCAGUGUUUGUAUGUCUGUAUUGUGACAUUAGAAAAAGGCAUGCGUUUAAUGUCGCUGCUGUUGGUGUUUAGGCAGACACAGUAGGGCAGUUGUCUGCGGUGCAGCAUGUGGCGUGCCAGACGGACCCACCAAAGAGGUGCACAGUGGGAACACAGCUUUCAAUCAAAACUCUCCAAACUCAUGUCAGAAGUAAAGGUACACAGAAAACAGUGUCCUGCACUGAUGUUGGCACCUCAACUGCUGCAUUCACUGCAACACAGCUAUUCCAAGCAUCAACACCACUAGAGAGGCCAUGCAAGAGACCUCGUUUGGAACUGGAGGAAGAGGAGAACCCUUCUGAAGGCAGCUUAUCAUCGGAUGUUGAAGAAGCGUCUGAUUGUACAUACGACCCUGCGGACUCUCCCGCAGCCUCGUCUGAGUCACCAGACGUGACAUCUUCCGGGCAAUGCAGUUGAAGAUGUUUCAAUACGACUCCUUUCGAAGGCAUGCUCGGAUGUACAUAGAGCCUGCGAUUGUGCACAGAUGGAAGGAGGCGCAGGAUACCAUGCUGGAGCAGCUCAGUCAGCAGCAGAAUGUCAUCCUUAAUGGUGACCUGAGGGUUGACUUAGCAGGUACAUAACGCUGCGUGUUACCCUCAAAUUCCACCGGGCACCACACAAAGUCUCACACAGAAACAGCACGGACAAUCCGGUCUGGAUCAACUUCACACCAGAGGUCAGUCAGUCAGAGGCAGGGUAGAGCAGAUUUCAAGUGGAGAAACACCUUUUUGUAUCCUUGUAUAAAAACAAAACACACACGUAAACAACAUCAAGCAGCCCCCCCCCACCGCACCGUUUCUGAAGCGAUCUUGGUGGGAUUUGAAGACGCAGAGAUCAGAGAGCCAAACCACUACAUCACAGGGUUUUCUAAAAAAUAGAUACACCAUACAAUCAUACAUAAAAGAUAAUGUAUGUAAAAGUAAUGUAUUUGUUUUUAAAGGACAUUCUGCCAAGUUUGGCAGCUACACAAUGAUGGACCUGAGGAGCAACACUGUUAUUGAUUUACAGCUGGUUCAAAGUAAUGAGGUUGGUGGAAGCUACCACAUGGAGAAAGAGGGCCUGAAGAGGAGCCUUGCUCUGUUGGAGGAACGGGGUGUUACUAUGGAUAGUAUUGUGACAGACCGUCACCCCCGAGGCCAGAGGUUCCUCAGGGAGGCCAGAAUCACACAAUACUACAACGUGUGUCACAUGGAAAGAGGGUUGUCCAAGAAACUGUUGAAGAUCUCACAGAACAAGGAGUGUGAGAAACUAAAGAAGUGGCUUCUCAGUAUAAAAAACCACAUCUACUGGACGGCUGCUUCCUCUACAUCAGUGCCAGAGAGAGCAGCAAAGUGGACGUCCAUUCUGAACCACGUCCGGGACAUCCACACCCACGAGGACCCCCAGUGUUCUCAUCCACCCCACACUACAAAGGAUCAGGGCAAAUGGUUGACCGCAGGAACACCAGCCUUCUGUAGAUUGGAGAAGGUACUGACCAAUAAGAGGGUUCUGAAGGACGUGGAGAAGCUGAGCCCUCACUACCCGACCUCGUCGCUCGACGCUUUUCAAAGAAUCAUUCUGCGUUUUGCGCCCAAGAAUGUUGUCUUUCCUUUUCUUGGAAUGCUGUGCAGGCUAUACCUGGUAGCACUGCACUUCAAUGAGAAUGCAGGACGUCCACAGGUAGCGGCAUCAGCCAGAGAACCGACGGGAGAGUGCGCAGCGAGGCCAGAGAGAGCACAGCCAACCUUCAAUUACGUGGAUGAAGUGUCCCGGACCCUGGCCCAUAUGCAGAUGAGGUGCUGAAGAUCCCCAUCCCGAAGGAUCUCUCUGCGCAGACGGACAGCUACCUGUGCAGUGUUCGCUUGAGGACAGGUCUGAACCCCACGUUGGAACCCAUUGAGCUCCAGGGAAGUCUGUCCGUACAGCUAGCCCCACGCAGCUGGGCAGUACUACGCCAACUCCUGUAGGCCAGGUCUCCGGACUGAAUGACAAGUCCACUUUGUUCAGCUGUUGCAAAGUAAAUGGUGACACAUUUAUAGUGUGUCCAUUUUCUUUUUAAUAUGGUUUCUAUGAAAACUAACUGAUAUACUAACUAUACAAAAUUGUAAUUGUAUUUCAGCCCCUCACUCAGAUUUUGUGAACCUUUUACCAAAGAUGCAAAGCAGAACCAAAAAUGCUCCUUCUUCAUUUCUGCUCCUGUGUCCGUUCAGAGCUGUUCACACCACUUGUGGAGAACAUUUGGCAUCCAGUCUGUUGGAAAUGCUGCAGACGCUCACAUCUACACACAUCCAGGCUGUUAUUAAUGAGCACAUCUACAUUUGUUGUUGAUGUUGUUAAUUGUACGUGCAACUAACACUUACCCCUUCUUACCUCUUUUUGGAAUAAAUUCUACUUGAUUUGAACUAUUA